UGUGUGAUUAGCUGAGCCGAGCGGAUAAAAUUCUAUAAAAUACAUAACCUUUAUGAAACACUAUUUCAGUAGACGAUCUUGGUGGCAUCUCUCUUAAGAAGAGACUCUACAAAACGUUUUUAAACUACAAAAUAUUGAUGCGGCAUAAAAUGUAGGAUCAGUUGCAUCAUCAAAGUUUAUAUAGAGAUUUCGAAAAAAAAAGACCGAAGAUUUAUCAAAAAUGGUUCACGUACAAUAAAUGACGUUAGCCGGAUUCAGGAAGCACCUAUCUUACUCCGACGUAAUAUGACUUGCGACACGGAAUCAAUUAGCUUGUAGGUGAACGGUGCUCUCUGACUGAAGAUAUUGCUGAUGYUAAUGCUUCGGUUUGUCUUUGGUUUAUUCACUGCAAAAAAGGAAAGAGGAGAAACAUGGCGAACAUUAGCGCACCACCAGGAACGCAGUGUGGGAAUUUCAUCGUACAUUACAUCGAUCCAACAAGUGAAGCUAUAGCAACCGCCGUCCUCAACUGUAUUUUGAACUGUCCAACAGCUCUCUCUGCAAUUGUAUUCAACAGCCUGAUAAUGUGCGCCAUAUGGCGCGAAAAUGGUCUUCGCUCUCACGCCAACUACUUACUAGCUUGGUUGGCCAUGACCGACGUGUUAGUUGGAGUCGUUGUUCAACCUUUGAACAUCGCUAUUCACGCAGAAGUACUAAUUGGAAAACAGAACUGUAUUGUGCAUGGAGUGUAUGAUAGUGUCAAGUUUCUGUGCUCGCUGAUGUCGGUGGUGACUGCUCUGUUCAUCAGCUGCGAUAGAUGUGUUGCCAUAACAUUCCCCUUCAAUUACUACUCCUGGAUGUCAGCUACUAAAACCUCCAUCACUCUCAUUCUUGCUUGGAUGUUUUGGAUCAUUGUAGUAGCUUCCUGGACUCAGGGGUUGGCAGGGCGAUACGUCCAACUUGUGUGUGUCUCUUUUCUGAUUUUAACGUUCGUAAUUCUGAGCACAAUCUACGCUAAGAUGAUCAAGUUGGCAAAGCAGCACCAGCAUCAAAUAGACACUCACCAGCCCUCUGAUCAGCAAACAGGUACAGAUGCUGUACGCCAYAAGAAAGCUUUAAAGACAGCGGUGUUUAUCAUCGGUGCUUUAAUGGUUUGUUACUUGCCUAUAGUUGUAGUGGUUCUUGUGGAUUUGGUUGUUGGUAAUAAAAUAGACGCUGUAACAAGGUACAUGAUGGUAUCUUAUCCAGAAACAUUGGUGUUUAUUAACUCAACACUCAAUCCCAUCAUCUAUUGCCUCAGAAGCAGAGAGAUAAGAGCKGCAGUAUUCAAGAUUUUGAAUGUUUGCGAAAAAGGGCGACAAAUUACAAGAACUUUUACAAGAACCACUUCCCCCACAACUCGGUCUCCUCAAGUUACCAGGCCAAGACCAAAUCGAAUUGACAACUACGACGAUGAUAUUUCGGGAGCAAGACAAAAUAACAUCGACAUUAACGACGAUGUGGACGGCCUACAGCUGAAGACUGAAAACAAUCAUACCACCUGAGAGAAUUAUUGAAUGAGAAUUUUGCCACUAUAACUACUAAAUUACAGUAUGCUGGCUAAAUCUCUACAUCUGCAAACAUUCCACACACUUGAAAGACUUGAGUGUGACUUUUGAAUGACUUUAUUAAGUAUUAUUAUAUAUUAUACGACUUGAAGAACAUAUACACAGUAAAGCGGGGUUAGACUAAUAUAUAAUCUAAUUCCUACACUAUAAGAAAAAACACCGACUUAAACUGCAUCUACUGCAGUUGAAUUAGUUUUAAUUGAUGAUGUUCGAGGGAAAAUGUUAAUUUUUUUCCUUGGUUCAUUAGAUACAUUUUUCCUUAAUUACUUUCAAAAGCGAAGAUAUGAGGAGUGUCAUAACUCCUUUUGAGAUAUCGCCGUCACUCAUAAUUUUGCGAGUGCCUUCGAUAUUCGCGCCCUUUUUGUGCACUCAAAUUUAAAUAAAUAAACUUUUUACAGCCUUCUGCAGAGAAUGCUUAUAAUUAUAACAUAAGUAACAUUGACCACUUAAAACAUAAGGAUCGACGCUUUUGAGUUGUAGAUGCAUGCAGCAAAGCUCAGUUGCCAUCUCGAAUUUCGAGAGUAGGUAAUUGGGCACGUGCGAACUUAUCAUUUUUGAAAUUGCACUUUAUCUGUUUAUUUUCUUCAAUCGAAGAAUACUGACUUUGAAUAGGAUUUUUGGAUAGGAAAAUGGAUUUUGAACUGGAAAGAAGAAAGUUGACCCGAGGUCGUUUUGACCUCGGGUGGGAAGAGCGCGUGCUGUACGGUUGUCGUAGGAGGUACUUGCGAACCGCGAUACCCGCGAAAGUCAAAUUCUACGGUCAGUGAAAAUAGUUCUUUCAAUCUGAAAUGUAAGAAUAACAUCGACAAAAUCAUACUGACUUAUUGACGUGUAGGACGGAAAACAGACAAUUUGGCUUCGACGGAAGACCUAAAACAGUAUAAACAAAGUUACGUUUUGAAAUUACCGGCGCAGCGGUAAACAGGGACAACAUGGGAAAUUAGGCUAUUUAUUGUCUAAAGCAAAUACGCUUGUCUGUAAAUGAUGAUUAUUUUACGUUAAAUGUAGUUCUGUAAAUAAAAAAUUAUUGUAUAUGUGAUUCAGUAUAUCAGGAUAUCAAAUUAUUAAAUAACUCGUUUCGUAUGAUGCUUAUCGAUGACUAUAAGGAAUGAUCAAUGGAACUCCGCUCAUGAUUUAAUAAUGAAUGCAAAGCACGCGCACUGCCGACUUAUCGCACCAAAUAUCACUAAAGCCUUUUACAGUGAUUCCCUAUUUUAAAAGACACUCCGCGUACUCACUAUAUUAGUUUCAUUGUCAAAUCACAACUCGAAUGCYUUUUUUUCAAAUUCUCCACGAUAUUGCAUUAAAGACAUUACUUCCAYAUUGAAGGUAUCUUGUUUUGACGAAUUGCCACAUAAACUGAAAUAACGUAAUAAAAUCCUAGAAAUUAAAACACUGGAAAAAUGCUUACAAAAAUGAGAUAAAGCUUCCUAUAUUGUCGUGAUAACUACAACAAAAUACAAUAAAACAAAAAGGGACGCGCUUCCAGUAAAAAGACGCUAAGAAAAUGGCGCUCUACAAAACAUAAUAUUAAUUCCGGGAUCACAUAGCAGGUCAAGGCAAUAGGUUAGUUUCGCAAUGUCUAUUUACAACGCUACAGUAAUAGGAAAGUCUCGCCAAAACUUGCCUUAGGCUAGAUUACUCGUAUUUUUUAUAAAACCUUAGUUCACAGAUUUUGAAUUUUAAUUCAAGAUUUAUUUUUCCGGACUGAGAAAAGGUUCGGGUUGGAACUACAGCGAAAUUAAGCGYCUUGGAUUUUAUGCCUUGAUAUGCUUUGUCAAUGAGACCCCAUCCAUGCAGAUACUGUAAAUACAUGUUCCAUACAUU